AAAAAACUAUAAAGUUUUAACAAUUUAAAAAGGUUUACCAAAAAACCUAAGAAAUAAGUGUUUUAAUAGCUAAAAAACUAGAAAAUUAGCGGCAAACUUUUUAUAAGAGCAGACAACAAUAACCACCGCAUAUAUAAGACAUCACACAACAGCAAUAGAAGACUUUGUAUUAAUAGCUAAUACGAGAUUAAAGUUUGGAAAUCACAUGAUGGGUGGUCGUCAUAAUUUACGAGGCGGAAAUGGUGGUGGUCGCUGGAGCGGCGGUGGCGGCUAUGGUGAUGGAGGUUACGGCCGUGGCGGUUACGAUAACUAUCAAGGUGGUUACAAUAACUUUGGUGGCAACGGCAUGAAUCCCUUUAAUAUGCCGAAUAAUUUUAAUCAAAAUGGUUUGAUGCAAUUAAUGAGUGCGAUGGCUAGUGGUUUCAAUAUGAAUCCUCCCCCACCACCACCGGCUCGAAUGUCGUGUGGCGAAUUACGCGCACAUCAUGCCGGAAUGAUAGUGGAACUUACAGGUCGUCUUAUUAAAAAACGAGUUAACCGUUUUGUGGAAUUAAGGGAUCGUAAUGGCGGGGCAGCUCAAAUGGUGGUUCUGGAAGAUAAGUAUCCUCGGAUAGCUAGACGAAUACAAAAUAUGCCGGAGUAUACUUUGCUAACUAUCGUUGGGCAAGUAAUGAAAAGGCCGUCUCAUUCAUGUAAUCAAACUAUGCCGACGGGCGACAUUGAGGUGGAAGUACAAGAGAUUUUGAAUAUUGACUUUAGUGCUGGGAAUAAACGACCGGGAGACAAACGUUCAUAUAGUACGAUGGCUCAGCAAAAUUAUACUGGCAUCACUAGUACUGAGUAUAAAAUGGCCAAAUCUGAAAAUAUAUUGAAAUAUUUUGAAAAUCGUGAUAUAACGUGCAAUGAUUUGCGUCGCAAAGACAUUGGUAAAGAUGUUACCCUUGUGGGUUGGAUACCAUCAGCUAAAAACACUAAAUUCAUGCAACUGAAAGAUGGUUAUGGUCAGACUCAAAUUGUUGUGGAAGAUCAAGUAAUGCAGGAAACUUGCGCCAGUGCACCUGAUCAUACUGUGCUAUUAAUAACUGGUAAAGUUUUAGGCAGACCACGCGCUAAUAUUAAUAUGAAGUACGAAACUGGAGAGGUUGAGGUUAUGGUCGAAACAGUUAAGAUCUUAAACCCCGAAGAUCCCUAUGAUGGUCCUAUCAAAGCUAAAGAUAAAGUCCAAAAAUUAUCCAUUGACGAUCUAGAUGAAGAGGACGGUGAGGCGUCAGAAAAAAACGGCGAAGCCAUGGAGGACAGCGAUACAAGCACACAUAAAGUUGUUAAAGUGGCGGAUUUAAAUAAAUUUGCUGACCGUUCGCAUAAUUGUGGUGAAUUGGCCAGUGACAAUAUUGGAGAAAAAGUGUCGAUAUGUGGCUGGCUAGAGUUUCAGCGUAUGGGUAAAUUUUUGGUUUUACGCGAUGGCUAUGGCCAAACGCAAGUGUUGCUGACCGAUAAGGUGAAAGGUUUGGAAAGUUAUCCAGAUGGCUUGUCCUUGGAGACAAUUGUGAAGGUAGAGGGCACAGUCAUACCACGUCCGGCAGCCACAAUAAAUCCGAAAAUGAAAACUGGACACAUUGAAGUUGAAGCAGAAAAGGUGGAGGUGUUGAAUGCAGCAAAGAAAAAUUUACCCUUCGAAGUGCGUAAAUUUAAUAGAGCUGGUGAACGCCUACGUCUUACGCAUCGUUAUAUAGAUUUGAGGUUCGCUGAUAUGCAGCAUAACUUGCGCAUGAGAUCACAGGUUAUUAUGCGUAUGCGCGAAUAUCUUAUUAAUUAUUUGGGUUUUGUCGAAGUGGAAACACCUACUUUGUUCUGUCGUACACCUGGCGGAGCCCAAGAGUUUGUGGUGCCCACUCGUAAGCCGGGGCAUUUCUACUCUUUGGUGCAAAGCCCACAACAAUUCAAACAAAUGUUAAUGGCGGGUGCUAUAGAUCGCUAUUUUCAAGUAGCUCGCUGUUAUCGUGACGAAGCCACACGACCAGAUCGUCAACCGGAAUUCACUCAACUUGAUAUUGAAUUGUCGUUUACCAAUCGAGAAGGUAUUAUGCAAUUAGUUGAAGAGGUACUACGAUAUUCAUGGCCCAAAGAAUAUUCUAAAAUACAAACACCAUUCCGCCGCAUCACAUAUGAAGAAGCCUUGGAAAAAUAUGGUACUGACAAGCCCGACAUAAGAUUUGGUUUAACUCUAUGUAAUGUUACCGAUAUUAUUGAGAAGAAUCAAACAUUUAUGGAGAAAUACACUGAUAUGGCUUCAUAUGCUUUAGUUGUGCGCGGCAAUGAAGGCUUCUGGAAUAGUACAGCUCGCAAACAUUACGAGAGUCUUAGCAAAGAAUUUCCAGGCACUUUAUUUGUACGCAAAUUUAUGCAAUACAAAGACGUUUUGGAACGUUUAACUAAUCUCCUUACAACGGAGGUAGCACAAGAAUUGAUAGCUAAAUUUGAUUUGGAAGAAAAUGAUUUACUUUUCUUAGGUAUCGGCGAAAAGGGUGAAACUCAAAAGCUUUUGGGUAAAAUACGUGUGGAUUACCAUAACUUUUUGCUGGAGCAUAACAAAGCUCGCAAGAAUUAUGAUAACAAAUUCGUUUGGAUUAUCGACUUUCCGAUGUUUGAACGUAACCCAGAAACUGGUAGUUUUGAGAGCGUUCAUCACCCUUUCACUGCGCCCCAUUCCGACGAUAUGGACGCUUUCAUUAAUUCCAAGGCUGAAGAUCUAGCUAAGAUACGUUCGCAGGCUUAUGAUUUGAUAUUGAACGGGCAAGAGGUUGGCGGGGGUUCUAUGCGUAUACAUGAUCGCGACAUGCAACAAUUCGUUUUGGAACAAAUUUUGAAAUUACCCAAUGAUAAUUUGACGCAUUUAUUGAAUGCCUUGGAAUCAGGGUGUCCGCCGCAUGGCGGUAUAGCCUUAGGUUUGGAUCGUUUGAUGGCCAUUAUGUGUCGUACGGCUUCAAUACGUGAUGUCAUCGCAUUCCCUAAGUCCCUGAAUGGCAGAGAUCCCCUCUCCAAUGCUCCCGUACCGAUAUCGGAUGAUGAGAAAGCAUUGUAUCACGUCUCGGUCGUUGAAAAUGAAAAUGAGGAAGCCACAGCUCAUGCUCAAGAAGACGAUGAUCCGGAUGCUGCCAGAGCUCCACCUUCACCAUUAGCCAUGGACGAAGAUACACAAGACAUAAAGGCAGAACCAACCGAACCCAUGGCUAUUGAUGAGCCCGCACAGGCUUCAACACAAGCUUCAGCACCACCACCACCACCAGCAGCAGCAGCAGCAGCAGCCGCAGCACCAGCAGCAACAACAACAGCAGCAGCAGCGGCCGCGACCGUACCUGCUGAAGAGACUAAGGAUAUCGGCAUACCCAUUAUUAAAGCUAAACGCAUAGUCAAGAAAAAAUAAGCAGUUUUAUGACAACAACGACAACAGCAACUGCAUAUAUAUUUCCUUUUCAAAUCACAAAUUAUCUAGAGUUACAUGUUUCCCGUUAAUACCAGCAGAGAGAAAUAACGAACAGUAACUAGUUUAAAAAUGAACAAAAAUUAUAUAUAAAAAAACAAAUUUUUUAAAACCUAACUUAUUCUUAUUCUGCGUAAUUGUUCAAGUUUGUCUCUUACACAAAAUAUUAAAUUGAGAUAAUUAGAAGAAAAAAAGCGACAAAAGAAAACAAAAAAACAAAAAAAAAA